GCUGUUUAAACCGUCGCCUCCAUCGACCAGCACGACUCUGCCAUGCCCCCGCCAGCGUCGAGAAGUACGAUCUUCAGGCUCAUCAACGCCUCCCAGCACUCCGCUUGCCCUUGCCAUGGCUGCAGGUCUUCUGGUCAUCAUCAUGGACAUGCACACCAGGCUAUGAAUCAGAUGAGGAAGUUCGCGACCCCUGUCCCUGAGAAGGAGUACGCGUUUGAGGUUGCUGCGUCCAAUCUGAGAUUCGGAGACGGUGUCACCCGUGAGGUCGGCAUGGACCUCAAGAAUAUGAAGGCAACUAAGGUUGGCGUGUUCACCGAUCCCAACAUUGCCAAGCUUCCUCCUAUGAAGAUGGCGCUCGAAUCAUUAGACGCCCAGACGGACCUCCCAUACGAAGUCUACGACAAGGUCGUGGCCGAGCCUACAGAAGCGUCUUGGAGGGAUGCUAUCGCAUGGGCCAGGAAGCAUGACUUCACCCACUUCUUAGCCGUCGGAGGAGGAAGUGUAAUGGACACGGCGAAAGCUGCAAAUCUUUUCACGGUGUACAAGGACGCAGACCUCAUGGACUUCAUUAACGCUCCCAUUGGCAAAGGCCUUCCAAUAACCAAGACUUUACGACCCCUCAUUGCUGUCCCGACAACCGCUGGUACUGGGUCGGAAACUACCGGUACUGCUAUUUUGGACAUCACGUCGAAAUCGUUCAAGACUGGGAUUGCCAGUAGGGCGAUGAAACCAACCCUGGGUAUCGUGGAUACUUAUAACACCGACACGUGCCCUACCGAAGUUCAUAUCAGCGCUGGGCUGGACGUGUUAUUCCAUAGCAUGGAGAGCUACACAGCAAUUCCAUACACGGAACGGACGCCUCGACCAGCUAAUCCCAUCAAUAGGCCUGCGUACCAAGGGAGUAACCCGGUCGCAGAUGUGUUCUCGCUAUGGGCUUUGCGUCAGACGGUUCAAUAUCUGCCUCGCGUGGCUAAGGACAAGGAAGAUCAAGAAGCGAGACGCCAGAUGCUUCUGGCGGCAUCGUUCGCUGGGAUUGGCUUCGGCAACGCGGGCGUUCAUUUGUGCCAUGGCAUGAGUUAUCCGAUAUCCGGCUUGAACAAGGCAGGGCCCAAAUAUAAGCAUCCCGGUUACUUGGUGGACCACCCUAUUAUACCACACGGUGUUAGUGUUGCUCUUACCGGUCCAUCAGUGUUCCAGUUCACCGCUCCUUCAGCGCCUGAUCGUCACAGAGAAGCACUGGCCAUCUUCAACAACACUACUGUAACAGAUCCGUCAAUAACGUCAAUUCCUGAUAGGGAGAUCGGUGCCCAUUUGUUUGAAUCUAUUGCGCGGUUCUUGGAUGGCCUUGGUGUCCCGCGCGGCUUGAAGGCUGUCGGUUACAAGAAGUCGGACGUGCCGAUGUUAGUGGACGGGACUAUUCCCCAGAGGCGAGUGUUGGAUCUCGCGCCUGGUGUGGGAGAUGUCGCCGGGGAAGAUGGAAGGGAGCAUCUGGCGAGGAUCUUGGAAAGCGCGUUGGAAUAUUAGGAAGCCAGCACAGCUAUGUACUUCACAGGAUCUUGAGUGUAAGUAUCCUCGGAAGCAAUUUGUGUAUAAAUAGUGCAUACUUGAGCAGUGCUGAAUUCACUGAUGAACGCAUCGUUCAACAUUCCGGA